CCACGCCGUGGCCGGCACCCCCUGCGGGCACGCACAUGGGGACGGGGGCGCCACUCCCACUCGCGCACACUUCCUCCCCCGCUCCCUUUCCCUUGACGCCUUGCCGAUGUGAUCCCCCGCCGCCUCCGCCCGCACUCCGUCCCCGCGCCGAUCCCAUCGCCCCUCGCCCCCAGGAAAUGUCUCGCCACCACCACCACGACCCGGCCCCGCCGCCCUGCUGCUCCUGCUGCGCCUGCGCCUGCGGCUGCUCCCCGCCGGCCCCCGCCCCGGCGCCGUGCGGCUACUACCCCGCGCCGCCUCCCCAGCCGGCGCCCGCGUCGGACCAGCUCCUCCACGCCAUCGCCGCGCAUCUCCUGCUAAGCUCCGCUCCCCCGCCUCCCACGCCGCCCCAGGCCCAACCGCCGCCCCAGCCCCACCCGCAGCACCAGCCCCACCCUCAGCCGCCGCCGAAUCCCGCCGCGCACCACGCGAAUCUCUACGCCUCCUACGCUUACCAGUACCAGCACCAGCAGCAGCCGGGAUCCGCCCCCCACGCGGCCUAUCCCCAGCCGCCCGCGGCCGCCCCUGCGCCGCCGCCGCCGCAGCAUCAGCACCAGCAGCCGAACCCGCCCGACCACGGCCAGCUCCUGCUCCACUCUCUCCUGCGCCGCGUGGCCGCGCUCGAGACGACCUUGCCGCACUGCUUCCCCUCCCCUCCCGCGCCGCACCCCCAGCAGCCCAACCCUCGCCGGCACCACCGCGCGGGCGCGCACCAGGAGGGCCCGCGCUCGCGCUCGCCCUCGCCCCCGCCGCGUCGCGCGCGCCGGGGGCCGCAGCCGCCGACCGAGAGGGAGCUCGCGGCGCGCACCAUCCAGGAGCACUUCCGGCGCUUCCUGGCGCGGCGCUCCCGCACGCUGCGCCAGCUCAAGGAGCUCGCCAUGCUCCGCUCCAAGGCCGCGUCUCUCCGGGCGUCCCUCUCCGGCUCCGGCCGCCGCCGGUGCAAGGACCCGAUGGCUAUCUCGGAGGCCGCCCUGGGCAUGCUCUACCGCCUCGACGGGAUCCAGGGAGGGGACCCCAUGAUCCGGGAGGGGAAGCACGCCGUGAGCCGGGAGCUCGGCAGGAUACUGGAGUUCGUUGACAAGGUGCUCCUCAAAGAGCAGGAGGAGAUGGGCAUGGAUGGCGCAUUCGACGAUUAUCCUGAAGGUUGUCAUGGGAUGAAUCGCCCAACUGUGAACAGGAAGGUAGGUUUCCGCGGUAAUGAGGACAACACCGAGGCUGAUGAGAGCUCUGAGAGCUCGAGUUCUACCGAGGCUGCUGAGACGAAGGCUGCAAACAGCAAGAAGAGUGCCAAUGGCAAGCCUGGGCUUGCAGCCCCAGUGCCUGUACACAUGGAGUCAAGGAGAACUGGAGGGGAAAUGUGAUAACUCGGUCUUGCAUCUUGUAAUGUUACCUCUUGUUUAGAAUCAUGGGGAUUGUCUUGCUCUUACAUUACCAUGGUUCUUCUUCCGAACCGAUGUUUCUUGAAAUUAGAUUGGAGCCUGCUAGAUGGUAGAGUUUGUGCCGCAACUACGAUGUUUAGACUGUUGUAUUGCCUCUCUGUUACAUUUGUUACUGCAUUGUACUACUGGUAGUUUUGAACAUUGAGAAUCUAGCCUGGAUCAUUUUGUCGCACUUGUGGAUCAUUUUGUUGCGCUAAUUAUGUCAUGGUUCUUG